AUGACAUUUUCCAUCCCCCAGCCUAUCCCCUCUCGCUCCUCUCACCCCGUCCACGCUCACCAACGUCCUCCCAUCCUUCGCUCUCAAUCCCACACCGCCGCUGUAUCCAACAACAACCCUGCCAACUCUUCAAUUCUCUCUUCUUCCUCCUCGUCCUCUUCUUCUUCUUCAACUACCCUGUCUGCCACCAACAACAACAACAACAACAAUGGACAUGGCGGUCUAGUCGGUCUAACAACCACCAGUGCCAACUCGAAGUUCGAUAUCGGUCGUCUCCUCGGUAACUCACAACGAAACACCAACAGCAACAAUAACCCUCGCAACUACCGCCACAGUCUUCAUCAUCCCGACAUUAACGAAGAUAUCAACCUUGCCAAUGACGAUAAUAACAAUAAGGACGACGAAGACGACGAAGAUGAGGAUAUAGAGGAUGCAGACGUGCGUCAUGAUAGUGGACAUUACACAGACAUGUCCGAGAUCCGCGGUAUUCCGAUUGGCAAACCAAGCUUCCGGUUUUUUAACAACAAUGGCGGCGACUUCAAGGCAAACGACUCACCUUUCGGUAUUGCAGGUGGCAGUGUCGAUAGUCGAGGCAGGGCAGGAGAGGAUCUGUCGCCUCGGUACCAACGUCAGCAACGAUACAGUCAUAGCAACAGUGACAGUCAUACCAGCAUCAACCUGAUGGCAGACAACCUCAAGGCCGCCAAAGCUGCCCAGGCCAAGGACUUGGCAAAGUACUCCCGGCUCACCGAUGAUGACGAGGACGAGCAAGAUGAUGAUACCCUUCAGCGACAAUACCACUACUACCACCUCGCUGCAACAGACACAAAGCGACCCGAUACCCAGAACCGCCAUGACCACACCAAUGAGUUGAUGCCGCAGUUCCCUUCACACAUUCAAUACCAGGAGGAGCAACAACAACGGCAACAAUCACCUCACGGCCAAGCAGGCUAUGUCCCUCCUCUUGUUGCUGCUGCUCCAAAGCGCAGUAACACCCCCUUGAGUUGCAACAACAGCAAGGGUCACUCCUCCCCUACUCCUUCCGAGUCGACCUAUCGUACUCACUCUCCCAGUCAAGCUCAUCCCAAUAUUUCUAUCGACACGUCCAAAGCCCGCCUGCAGAAUCUUCCUACGGUCAAAGCGACAACAACUAUCAACUCUAGGCCUGUGACCAAGGAUGUCCCAAAAUCGGUUGCAGCAGGAACAACUACAACAUCGACGACGACGACAGCAACAGUCAAGCGAGCUGCUUCCACCAGCCAGUUGCCCAAAUCUCACUCGUCGACCACACAAUUACAAUCUCGACCUGAGGGACAACUUGCUCUUGGACUGAAGAAAGGCCCUCCUUCGUCAUCGACAUCGUCUAUUUCGACUUCGACCCCCUCCUCUACCAUCUCACUAUCGUCGGUCGCCGCCACACCAGUCACCAGCAGCAACAGCUCAACGCGCCCUCUGAUGAUGGCCAGUCAGUCCCGGCUCAGCUCGGCCCUGCCUCCAGCACCGUCGAUGUACCAACAUACGUUCAGCACUUUUGAUACCCAACUUUCACCUUCUGUUCUCCUCCCUUCCCUCUCACCCUCAUCCCCUCGCGCCAACUCUGCCCUCGUCAACUCUUUGGAACAACUCUCGGUCUCAUGGAAGGCACCCGAGAACACUCCCAGCUUCCCCAUCAACCGCCUUCACCGCUCGCGAACCAUCUCUUCAGGAACACGACCCAGCUUCAACUCUUCCUUCUCGUCUACAACCUCCUUCCCCUUCAAUCAGAACGGCAGCAGCGCCGUCUCUCCCAGCACUGCCAUGGUGACUUCGUCCUCCUACAGCUCCCUGCCUUACUCCCCAGCAGUGGCCUUCCUCUCCAACUUUGUUGAGGUCACAGCCCCACGGAUGGCACCCGAUGAGGAAGGUGAACAAGUUGGCGAAUUCAUUAUGGGCAAGAUGAUCGGCCACGGUGGAUUCUCUCUGGUGCGCGAGGCGUUUGCAAUCCACAUGGACGGAAUGGUCGCGCAGGUAGCGGUGAAGAUUGUCAAGACCCAGACAGGGCUGACGGACAACGAUCGGGUGCAGAGGAUGUUGGACAAGGAAAUUGCCAUCUGGAGUCGUCUCACCCACCCGAACGUGCUUCCGUUUUUGGCCGUCGAGAAACUCCCGACGGACACGUUUGUGUUCUGUGAGCUAUGCACGGGUGGACACCUUUUGGACUAUAUCACUCGUGAGACCUCUGCAGCUGCUUCUUCGGCCGCCUCGACGUCGACUUCGGGCUAUGGUGGUGGAUGGGGCAGCAGCAGCAGCAGUAGUAGUAGGACGGGCUUGGAUGAGGAUCAUGCAAAACGAAUUUUUAACCAAGUCGCAGAAGCAGUUCGAUACCUUCACGAGGAGCGACGAAUCGUCCACCGCGACAUAAAACUCGAGAACAUCCUGCAGCACGAGGACGGAACCUGGAAGAUUUGCGAUUUCGGCCUGGCCGAGUACCAGAACGAGGAAGCAGCCUCGUACUUUGGCUCACCUACCAUCUACAACCCCCGAGCCAUGAACACUUCCGCCGACGAUAGCAACAGCCAAAGUCACUCUCACACCCUCUCCCAGGACGGGUGCUCGAGCCACGCCAGCACCAGCAGCACGAUGGUGGAGGAAGAUGACGAGGAAGAGGACAUGGUUGGAGGAUCACUCGCCUAUUGUUCACCUGAACAACUGCGAUCCCAAAAACCUCUCCGUUGUCCUUCGUCCGAUGUCUGGUCCCUCGGUGUGGUCCUCUAUGCCCUCCUUACCGGCCGUCUGCCCUUCCAGGACGAGUACGAACCACGACUCCAACACCAGAUCCUGAACGGCCGAUAUGAAGAUCCGACUGAAUGCAGUGCUGAGGCCCGCGAUUUGUUGAGACAUAUGUUCCGAUCCAAGCCUGACGAUCGCUGGAAGAUUGGACAGGUUAUGGAUAGCCCUUGGUGCACUGGGACCACUCUUGUUGCCGAGCCUGAGAAUCACUAUGGUGGCGGUGGUAGCAAUGGUGGUAGAAGCAAUGGGUUCGGUGGUGGGUUCGGCGGUGGAUUCGGAAGCGCGUUCGGCAAUGGUGGCUGGUAA